CGGGAGAGGUAUUUUAAGAAGGAGAUUUAACUCCCAGCGAGUGACGCACACCGAAGCUCCCACUGGCGCGCAAACUUAAGUUACUUUUGCACGCGGGUAGUGGCGAUGCGCUGAGCUUUGCGCUAGUGUUUGCCGAGGUGCGGCUCAGUAGCUGAUCCUAGUGUCCCGUCUUGGUUUCCCCUCCAGCCUGCAGACCGAGAUCAGCGGAGCGGCCACCGGACACCCACUGAAACAAGCAGCAGCAUGCUGUCGCCGCCAAGUCUGUGCGGGCUCGCCCUGGUGGCGCUGGCUUUUGCCUGCAUUUCGGCUGGAGUCUGGGGAGAGGAUAGAGGAUUCCGGCCAGCUUGGACCACUCCAAGGCUUCUGGAGACCAGAGAGAGAAUAACGCCAUCUACUAAGAUCUCCUGGCCAAGAAGUUCCAACUCCAGCUUGCCAGAAUCCUCGGCACCUGCACAGACACCCGAAAGAGGACAGACGCAUGGGGGCCCACCUCGUCCUCCCUCCGCCUCACAAUGCCACAGAAACAUUGAGAUCAAGGAGACUUUCAAAUAUAUCAACACGGUGGUGUCCUGCUUAGUGUUCGUGUUAGGCAUCAUCGGGAACUCCACACUGCUGAGAAUCAUCUACAAGAACAAGUGCAUGAGAAACGGUCCUAACAUCUUGAUCGCCAGCCUGGCUCUGGGAGACCUUCUGCAUAUCGUCAUUGACAUCCCCAUCAGUGUCUACAAGCUGCUGGCCGAAGACUGGCCCUUUGGAGUUGAGAUGUGUAAGCUGGUGCCUUUCAUACAGAAGGCCUCUGUAGGAAUCACCGUGCUAAGUCUGUGUGCUCUGAGUAUUGACAGAUAUCGAGCUGUUGCUUCUUGGAGUCGCAUUAAAGGAAUUGGAGUUCCAAAGUGGACAGCAGUGGAAAUUAUUUUAAUUUGGGUGAUCUCUGUGGUUCUAGCUGUCCCUGAAGUCAUAGGUUUUGAUAUGAUUACCGUGAACUACAAAGGACGUCAACUACGAACCUGCAUGCUUCACCCUAUUCAGAAAACAGCCUUUAUGCAGUUUUACAAGACAGCUAAGGACUGGUGGCUCUUCAGCUUCUAUUUCUGCUUGCCAUUGGCCACCACUGCCUUGUUUUAUACCCUGAUGACCUGUGAGAUGCUGAGAAAGAAGAGCGGCAUGCAGAUUGCUUUAAAUGAUCACUUAAAGCAGAGGCGAGAAGUUGCCAAAACGGUGUUUUGCCUGGUCCUUGUUUUUGCACUCUGCUGGCUUCCCCUUCACCUCAGCAGGAUUUUGAAGCUCACUCUUUAUGAUCAGAAUGAUCCCAAUAGAUGUGACCUUUUGAGCUUUUUGCUGGUAAUGGACUACAUCAGUAUCAACAUGGCCUCCUUGAAUUCUUGCAUUAAUCCAAUUGCUCUGUAUUUGGUGAGCAAAAGAUUCAAAAACUGCUUUAAGUCAUGCUUGUGCUGCUGGUGCCAGUCAUUUGAAGAAAAACAGUCCUUGGAGGAAAAGUAGUCAUGCUUAAAGUUCAAAGCUAAUGAUCACGGAUAUGACAACUUCCGUUCCAGUAAUAAAUACAGCUCCUCUUGAAAGAAGGAGUAUUCACUUAAUCUCAUUUUCUCUAUCGGACAGAGGUCAUUAAAACAAAGUGAUACAUUUGCCAAAACAAAAAACUAUGUUUGCACAAAACCACAUAAAAAUAUAAGCGGGAUCAUUUUAGCACUCAUAAUUCCACCUGACCUUUUAAGGGCUGUUUUUAGCAUGUGAAGAAGUGAGAAUUAAGGAAGCCUCAUUGUGAAAGCACUUAAUGUUUUACAGUUAGCACUUCAAUGUAGCUCUCAGUAGCUUCCAGUUUAUUCACUCACCGCCUACAAUUAGAAAAUGAACUCACUCGGGAUUCCUGUGGAAGAGGUUUAUUCUUUUUUCCCUUUUUUUUUUCACACGAGGGAUCGAACUCACAACUGUGCAUUCGCAAGGCAGGCGCUUAUGCCGCUGAGCUAAAUCCCCAGCCCAUAUUCUUAUAUCAAGUGAAUUGUAUAAAGGAAAUAUGAAAUUUUAAAAAUCCUUCAUGAAGCAAUGUUUUGUGAGUAGUUAGAAAUAAUGAAAUGAUCAGGAAAAAAUAUUAGAGAAAUUAAGACUUUAUGAAAAUCAUUACAGUCUGCAUUCAGAUAAGAUCAAAGAAACAGAGGUUUGAAUUGCUAUCACAAAAGACUUCUCUGAAAUAUCCCAUUCACAUAUGUUGCAAAGAAAGUGUCUACACUAACUACAGUUUUGAGGAUUGUUAAAAUUUUCUUCUUCCAUUCAUAGUUUAAUCUCUGUUUGUUUAGUUCUGUCACCUGUAAAUAGCUACAUAUCUUACACAUAGAUGAUUAAACAAAGGGCAGGCCCCCGUUUUCAUAGCUUUGCAACCAAGAAGUGCCAGGGACUCCACAACACAAAGGACAAAAUGUGAAUUGCCUGGUGCAGUCUUCACAUGGCAAAGAGCAAGGAGCCUCGCCUCUCGCCCCUGGUCUCCAGCAUUAGAAUGUAAUAGUUACGAUACUGUCUUUCAAGUCGCACAAAGUAGGCAAUGUAGCAGCCACCUGUAAGGCUUACUACUAAUUUUUAUAAUAUUUUUGUAAAUAACCAACAGACGGGUGUCUGGACAUGGUGUUUUUCUAUCAAUUAGAGGCCAAAAUGCUUCUUAGGAUAUGAAAGUCCCUUUAGUUUGUGCAUUCUUGCCUCACUUUUUAAUGUCCUCAGCAAAGUGUCUUAGGUUAACUUGGGAUAAAAUGUGUGUGAAAAUAUGUACAAGAGAAGCAGAAGGGAGAGGAAAUGAGGUGGGGUGGGAGGAAACCCAAGGGGACAGAUUCCCAUUCUUAGCCUGGAGUUCAUCGCUGUCUCGUCACAUCAACGCAAAAGGUCCUGAUUCUGUUCCAGCAAAACACAGCGCAGUGUUCUCAGACUGACUUUAGGGACAAAUUAGACCCAAGAGCUUUAACUCUGUCUUAAAAUACAACAGAAUUUCCAGUCUUUUACUUUUUUUUCUUUCAGUAAACCAGGCCACAUGUUAGAAAUAAGCUAGGAAUGUUACUUUCUGCCAGAAUCUAAUGUGAUGCUACAGUAAACCAAAACCCAACAAUGUGGCCAGAAAGAAAGGCCAGCAAUUAAUUCACAUUUCACAUGUCACAUGGACUCUAUUUACAAGUCACCACACAUUUAUUUAUUAAUUUAUUCCCAAUCUCUCUUUCAAAUGCUUGUCAUAAUAAAAGACAUUCAGACUUUCGAUUUUAAAUUAACUUUGGAUCACUAAUGUUUUCACAGUCUGUGAAUGUAUGUUUUGUUCCUAUUUAAGUUUUAGAUCACUUUAUUGUCAUGUACUGCAUUUUUACGUCUCAUACCCUCUUUAUUUGCAUCCUAAUCUCUUUCCUUCUCCUUGGCAGAAUCAUGGUCUGUAAUCUCUUGCCAAAUUUUAAAAUUGCAUACAAAAGUAUUCAUGCACUAUUUGUAAUGAAAAUGUAUUCAGUAGCUUUUUGAUUUAAAAUGUUAACAUGAUGAUAAAGUGUGGUGAGGAACAACCAUGAUUUCUUUACAUAUGUAAAACCAAAUUUUUUAAAAAUGUAUUCAACUUAAAAUAUAUUUCCUAGUAUAAACAACUUUUAAUAUAGCAAUAAAAGUAGAAUUUUUAACAUAGAAGUUAUGGCUCACAAGAUUUAUAAGUGAUGUUAACCUGGUUUCUCCUUUGUUAUCACCUACUUACUGGGAAUAGAUUCAAACACCUUUUUGUAUUUGACAGCUUAGAUAUCGCCAAACCAAUGCAGUUUAUAACAAAUUGUGGGGUAUGCUGUAGCUAACCUUAUAAAGUUGUAAUAUAGCCAUGUAAAAUAAUUAUAUAUUUUGUUUUGCUGUGGUCACUUAAAGUGGCACUACUGUAGUUGCUGUUGCUUUAUUAGGUAAACAAAAAAUAAAUAUAUAAAUUGUUCUUUUUAA